UGCAGUUUUGUGUAGAUCAAGAAACUACCGGAGAGUUAUCCGCUAGCAAAAUGCUUUAAAGUGUCUUCUAUCAAAAAUCUCUGCUUUUACAUCCAAUAGUCAUCAACUUUCCAGAAGAUAGCCUGGAUGCAGAGUACAAACAUGUCCAAGCCAGUUUUUCAUAGUCCUCAAAUGCUCUCGUUGGAUCAGAAAUGCACCAAAUGUCUGUUAGAGACGUUCGUCAAGCGCAGCCUCAGCCUGAAUGAUGGAGGCAAGAAACAUCAACUGAAACAACGCAAAAAACUCAAAGAGCAGGAGCAAGGAAGCCAAGCCAGACGGGCAUCUAGUGACAGCUCUGCUCACCGAUUGUCCGUCGAAUGGCUUGUAAAGACCACUGAGUGCACGGAAUGCACAAUAGCAGACCCUGCUUUCCAGAGAAAGAGCCGGAAAACACCAAGCAGAAGCAAAUCGUUCUUUAGGGGCUUUCUCAACCUCUUCACUAGGAAGAAGUUUGACCUGAAGUUGAAAGGGAAGAGUGUUUUAGAAACAGACUCUGGACAGUCUACAAUAGAACAGAGGCCUAAUGAGUCGGUUGGAAGCUCAUCUGUCCACAGUGAGAUGGUUAGGAAAAAAAAAUCUCUGAAGAGGAUCUCGUUCAGCAAUCAAAAUGUUGUGAGUGUGGACUCUACUAAUGCAUACUUUGAGAGAGUGUCAGAGGAGCUAGAGUCGAUUGUGAAGGCGAUUCAGUUCAGUCCAAAAGAAGAUUCUGAUCUACUGCCCUCUUCUGCUUGUCUAGGAGAUGACAGCAGCCCUGCAGGUGAUGACACUACUAAGAGAAUUAUCAGCUUACUGAAGCAGCAUGGAGAUAUUAUUGAUCAAAAGAUCAAAAGGAACAGUAGUGUUCAAGUGUUCCUCCAGAGGCUGUCUUACAGCUCCUUCCAGCAGCUGGCAGAUGGCUACAUAGCCCAGAUCCCCAGUCCUCUUCCCAAGAGCACAGACGCUUCUCCGGAACUGGUCAGACUUGCCUUCACCCUGGACUUUACGGCCAAAGUGGCUGGAUUGUGCGGCCAGACAGUCGGUCGAAUCAUGGGAUUUGGUAAUCAAUACCUGCAGGACUCCUUCACACAAAUGUGCGCUGCCCACACACAGGUCUGUGCAGAUUUGGAAGGACAGAACACCAGUGAUCCUGACUGAUGGCUCUGAGGUUAUAAAUGUGAAGUCAUAGAAAUGUGCAAUAGCCUUAACUCAGGGAAAAAAGUACUUUGAUAUACUCUAUGUGCUGAUACUUUUGUGAAUUUAUCCAAAUGUAGUAUGUUUAUACAGUAGUCAUUAUACAAUGAACUCAUGUGUUACUACCAGUGUUUUCUAUAGGAUUUGUUUUGCAAUGAGAGGAGAUGACAGUCAGUGUGGACAACACAACAGAAAGAUAUGUCUGUCUUUCUGGUCACAUACUGUACAAUUCACAUGCACAGAACUGAGCUAAUAUAUACAUUUUGUCCAUGGUGCUGCAGAUGAAUAGUGGUCCAGAAAGAACUGGUUACCACUAUAGGAAUUAGAAUAGUGUGUUUUUGAUGUUGGAGUUGAGACCUGCAAACUGCUCUUGUUUACAUUACUAAAUUACUAUUUUGAUGGUUUUUAAAAUAAAAACUUUUUUUA